AUGGAACAGCCACCCGCGGGCUCGGCUGCGGCCGCCCAUAAGACGUACGUCUUUGUGGACGAGUAUAACCGCCACAAGCGAUUAAAGGUAAUGCGCGCCUGCGAUGGCUGUCGCAAGCGGAAGAUACGGUGUGACGGCGCACUUCAGAACGGGCCGUGGCCUUGCGGCGCAUGUACGCGACUGAAGUUGAAAUGCAUACCUCCAACACUGGACAACGAUGACGAACAGCAACUACCGGACGGCACGAUGGGACCGGGCCAGUUCGUCUUCUCGACCGCAGCUCAACCGAGCAGCAGUAGAGCGCAGAGCGAUCCUAAUCCUGCAGCGCCCCAACAAUGGAGCGGAUAUGCUGCAGCAAUUGAAAAACCCGAUCUGUCAUCGACCGUCCGGCACGAUGUGGGUGCCAAUGCGUUCUCUUCCCAGAUAUUCAGCAAUCCGCUAGGUCCUCGCCUGGAUCGAGGCUUUACGGAGGCAGAAUAUUUCGCUAGCAAUACAGCGCCCGUCCAAAUACAACAGCCACGAGGGUCAGCACCACAUGUGCUUCGAACACAGUCUGGUGAUUCUGGGGCCGACCCUCAGGAAGUGGACGCGAGGGUUCGGGAGCUGUCUGAGCAGAUGGGCGAGCUCGCGAUUGAUCUUUCGUCUGCUGCACCCUACAUCACCAACGAGAAGAAGACUCUCGCUGAGACUCCCGCAGUCGAGGAGCUUGAUGUCGUACUUCCACCUUCGGUCGGCUCGGAUCUUACUGUGAGGAUACCACCGGAGAUGAUGCCGUCAGAGGAACGCGCCAUGGACUACUUUGGCUACUUCUUCGAAUACGUCCAUCCCUAUGUGCCUGUAUUAGAUCGGCAUGCGUUCUACGAACAAUGGCGAACCGCCAGACAUUCUAUCUCGCCUCUGAUACUGGAAGGUAUCUUCGCAUGUGUGGCGCGAUAUCUGGAAGAGCCGAUCGAAGUGCGGAAAUGGCUGGCUCUGGCUUCGAGGCACGAGGAAAGUUUUCGUGACGUCCCUCGGAUAAGCACGAUCCAAGCUCUGAUGAUUCUGACAAAGGCGAGGGAGUUUGUGCCGAAGCGAGGGUACUACUACCGCUCUUGGAUGGCUGUGAAGUACAUGACUACCAUGGCAUUCGACCUGGGUAUCCACGAGCACCUGGACAAGCAUCAAGCAGGCAUUGGGUGCGGGCUGAGCACCUCCGAUUGUACGGUCCGCACGCGGAUGUGGCAGACUCUGUUCGGACUCGAAGUAUGGGUUGGCGCUCCUCAAGGACGUACGGACUUUGCCGUGGAGUAUGAGACGAUCGAGUUCCGGCUACCGACACCGUCUCCGGAUAUUGACCCAUUUGAGCACAGAGCAACGCGAAGGAAUACCUUCCUGGCACAGGCUGUCCAGAACGUCAAGCAGACCAAUGUUCUCUGGCAGAGAAUGCGAAGGCAGAACCCAGAAUGGGCGCUCGAUCCUACCUUUGUCAGUCGAAAUGACCUGAUUGCGACGUGGUACAAGAAUCUGCCGCCCGACAUGCAGAUCCACUAUACUGACGAGGAUACACCUCCCUAUCUCGGUGGCGACCAUUUCGUGGCGGGUCUGCACACCUAUCAUCACCUCAUCGUGAUGAUGCAGCAUCGACCGCAGCUUCAGACACUGCUGGAGAAGCGGAACCCGAGCUUCAAGGCGCAUCUGGACGUUUGCAACGAUGCUGCUUCGCGUAUCUGCCGGCUUCAUGAAGCGUUGUAUCGUGACUUUGGUCUACAUGGGUUGCAGUUCAUGCAGCGAGGUAUUGGAAUGACUAUAUACUGCGUGCUGACUUGCAUCAUGAUGCACUUGGCAAGCAUAACGUCUCCCGACUCCGCGACCAACUCAAGAGCACGCAACCUGUUCACACGGCACAUGCGAGUACUCGAGCUAUGCGCGCCCUCCGCUAGCCAGGAGGUGCAGGUCCAGAUCAACGCCUUACGAGAGGCCUUUAGUCAGGAUACCAGCCAGCCGUUUGAGCUUAAGCCGAACCUGGGCCUCCGGAGUCCGGCCUCUGACGAGUAUCCUACGCCAGUCAAUAUGCAAGCGAGCCAUAACCCCUCGCUGCACGCAACACCAUCCUGGUCCCACCUACAGAAUCCCACCUCAUCGAAGAACAUCAGCCCGGCUACCGACUUUGCGCCCCCAUUCGAGGCUAGCACGGUGCAGCCAGUGAUGCCCUAUACCUCGGUUCCAAUGCCAGCGCACCCCGCCUACGCACCACCCGGCGUCCAACAGACCUCCACCCCACCACAGACCGGCUUCAGCAUGGCCAACACCGAACCAGCUCCUGUCUGGGAUCCGUCAGGCAUCUUCCAACAAUGGAACACCGCAUUUGGAGCUCAGCAGCCACCCCAGCAACCCACUGUCAACGACCCGAGGCUGGCAUCGACGUCUGCGUCUAUCAUACCACCACAUCCUGGAGCCCCGCAGGGGGCAAUGUUUGCUGCGCGUCAGACGCCCCCGAAUGCUGUGCCAGAGAUGUCGGCUGUGCCUACAGUCACGCCGAUGAUGUGGCAGGAUGCUUUUACGAAUGCUUACAUUUCUGGAGGCCACAAGCGGACGCGGGAUGACAGUGUUGAUUAUGGGAGUUAUUCGAAGAGGAGAGGAUGA